UUGCUCAUCAUAAGAAUAGCAUCAAAAGGGGACAUUAGAGGUAGUGUGUCUGUAGUAGCAGGCCCAAAAAGCACCCUUUACUUUUUUUUUCACUCUCACACAACAAAAACAAAAAAGACAACAUUUUGUUCGGUAUCCUAUACUACUAGUACUAACCAAUGAUCCAUGAUCACUACUAUGUCCCAUCUUAUACAUUUCUUACUUUAACGCUGGUCACCACCCUACUUUACUUCUUUUUAUACUCCAAUUCCAAAUGUUCAUGUUUAUGUCACUCUUUCAUUCACACCCAAAUUCCUUCACUCUCUCAUAGACCUUACUCUUAAAUAUUUUCUCUUCCAAACCAACACUGUUCCUUUGUUACAUGGCGACAAGUGUCCAAGAAAAACGGAACAAACCCGAAUCAGAAGAAGAUGAUUAUGAAGAAGAUGAAGAAGCAUUGUCGCUUUGUGAUCUCCCACUAUCUCUAACCCAACAUGAAAACCAAUUACAAAGUAAAAAAGAUCACUCUCAAGUCAAUGAAACACAAGAAGAGUUCAAUUUCCGUUCAUGGGUUGGUCUCUUUUCAACAGAACAAGAAAUGUGUGUAGCUGAUGAAGUUUUCUUCCAAGGUCAAAUUAUUCCAUCAUCACGUCUCUCUUUUAGCUCCAAAGCUGGUUUAUUAACCACAUGUGAUGAUCAUCAUGGUAAGCAAUUGAAUUUCAAUCAAUGCAAUUCAAGUCCCAACAAAACUUUCAAUGAGUUUCGAAGCAAUAGUAGUACAAGUCAAAACUCGUCAACAUCAUCAAGUAGCACUAGUUCAACCAUCACAACUACUACUACAACAACAACAACACCAAUAGUUUCAAUUUCAAAAUCCAAAGUUAGAAACCAAUUUCACACACAUCCAAGUCCAAAACCUCAAUUAAAACUAUCUUGUCCUAGAAAAUCAACUCAAAGUAGAAAAUCAUCAUUGUGGGAAAGUUUCCGUUUAGGUGUGGUCCCUACACCAGAAAUAGAAUUACAAGAUCUUAAGGUUCGUAAAAACUGUGUCACUCGCAAUAGUAGUAGCAGUAGUAGUAAUAGUACGAAAAGUGAGAAAAUGAGUAAGAAGAAUGAGACGAGUAGUAAUUAUGUUUUGAAACACUUGGUUGGAAAACGAGGUGGUUUGUUGAGUGGUUGUGAUUGUUCUAUUGAAACGGUAAAAUUGGACAUGGGAAUGAUCAAAGGUGGUACCAAAAGUGGUUGUUACAAGACAGAAAGUACGAAGCAUGCGGUGAAAGAAAAAAUGAUCGAGUGGAAGAAACAAAAGCAGAGGCAAAAGCAGGGGAAGAAGGUUAUGUCACGUCGUAGAACUUUUGAAUGGCUUAAAGAUUUACAUGCAAACCAUCUUGAUGAAGAGGCUUUGUUAUCCAACCCUUCAUGAAACCAUUAAAUUGGAUAUUUUAUGAUCAGUUUCACGAUGCAAUUAGCUGCAAAGGACAUGUUAGUGGACCUAGAUUUACCAUUUAUGUCAUCUCAAUCGGGCAAAUUAAAUUUUCUAUAUUCACCUUACAGUCUAAAUCGUUUAAUUUUAAUCCUUCAAUUUGUAUUAUUAGAAGUUUGUAAAACUAAUUCACAAUACAAAGUAACAAUGUGAACGUUGAAAUAGUGUGACUAGAUGCAAUUCAUAUGAGUGUAGCAUGCUUGUAGAGUUGUAGUUUAAUUUAGAUAAUUUUUUAGAUUAGAUUGCCUUUUGGGCAGUUGCCUUUGUUUUUCUUUAAUUUGAAUUUUUAGUUAAAAAAUAUUGUGGUGCAGGCUCAGCAAUCAAAAUCUCUUUACUUUCUCGUGAGAA